UACAGUUUAGCGUCUUCUUGAACAGAUAAGUACCAAAGUUUGUCUAUCAGACGACCAUGGAAGUAUUCAAGUUCUACAUCAGUUUUUAAUAUUUUGGUACAUCUGGUUAUUAUUUAUCAUACUACGCCAAAUGUGACAGAAACCUGUAAAUAUUUAAUUCUCUUUAAACUUAAAAGUCGUUUGAAAUAUUGUGAAAUAUAUUUGUUGUACAUUUAUACGAUGGCGAUACAAUAAGUCAGUUGAAACAAUAGAUAACAUAAUUAAUAUGGAUUCCAAGCUAUUAAUCGUGACUUUUUUACUUUUCAGCUUGAAUACAUUCACUGCUCAAAUAUGACACAGGUCGAAGGUUAAUACACAAACUUGUUCCAGAACUAUAACAAGAAACUUUUUCCAUUGAUGAAUCACAACAAUUCAAUGGAAAUAAAUGUCACGGUAGGUAUUAGAAGUAUAAAUAAUUUCGAUGAGCUGUCUGGCGAAAUUGAACUUACAAUGUAUUUCACUUUACAAUGGACUGAUGAAAACUUGAUAUGGACACCUUCUCAAUAUGGUGGCAAGUCGGUGUUGUUAGUAGCUUCAGAAGACAUUUGGCGACCACAACUUUAUCUUCUACAAUCAUAUGACACACUCCAGGAGAUAACGAAUGUAUCGUUGAUGGCACGGUUGUUGUCGAAUGGCCUCGUCAUGUGGAAUAUUGGAAGUGUUUUGAAAAGUGUUUGUUCUGUUGACGUGACGUAUUUUCCUUUUGAUACCCUGACAUGUGUAUUAAUGGUUUCAGGCUGGGCUUACACAAACGACGAAGUGUUACUUAUCGUCAAUAAUGCUAAAGUAAAUGAAGAUUCUUUUUCCAACAAUAGUCAAUGGAUACUUCAGUCGGCAACGUCACAGAACAAUUAUGAUAUAAUAUCAUCAUUUCCCCCGACGAUUUUUGUGAUACUUAAACUAAAAAGACGAAGUGAUUUAUUUGUAGUGUACAUAAUAUUUCCAAUGGUGUUCUUUGGCCUUAUAAAUAAUCUUGUGUUUGUUAUGCCUGCGAAUUCUGGAGAGAGGACAUCAGUUGCUAUAACAGCAUUUUUGUCGUUUAUUGUUUUUAUGCAAAUGAUAAAUUCGAUUGUUCCUGAGAGUUCAGAACCUAUGGCUUAUAUAUAUAUUAUUAUAUACUUUUUCUAUUGGUUUAUAGCUCACUCAUUUUAUUUCUAUGUAUAUGCUCGUUAUGUAUCUAUGACAAGGACACACCAGUUCCUCAGUCCAUAGAAAAGAUGAUUUAUUGUUUUCGAUGUUGGUAUUUCAAGAGAAACAAAGACAAAGUAACACCUGUGAGGAAAGCAUCCAUUUUGUCUGAGCAAGUUGACGUUAAAAGCACGAACGAAAAGUUAUCAUUCAGUCAAAAUGAUGAGGAUUCUCCUUUAAUGACUUGGGUAACGGUUGGUAAGACAUUUGAUUCCUGCUGCUAUGUUCUUUUGUUGAUGACAUAUUUGGCGGUGACCAUUCACACAUUCGUAAAAUUGUAUUUUAACUACAGUUGCUGAAUAUUUUUACUUACAUUGAUAUGAAAUGUUCUGACACAGUUACUCGAUGCGGUAAUUUCUCUAUAUGCGUAUUAUAAGACAUAACAAUGAAAUUCACAUUUCUUUGUAAUAAUGAUAAUAUAUAAUUAUGGCAAACAAAUUUAUACAAAUGUAUAUCUUAAAAUGUUUCUUGUGUAAAACGUCAAAUUUCAAAAUGAAA